AUGGCUUUUCAGCCAAGCGCAGGAACGUACCUCUCCGUCUCUUAUGCCAACUUUUUUGGAGGCGAUAGUGUACUUUCGUUUACUGAGACAGCGAAGCUGCACGCAAAGUGGGCUUCCAAUGGGUUGAUUGAUUCUUCGAGAUGGGAUGUUGUAUAUCGGGUAGUAGUGAGCGAUGCGGAGAUCCGGGCCAACGUUCUGAAGUCCGCUGUGCUCAAUACACUCUCGCUUGUCGUGAUAUACACAUUCGAUAUUCUUUUCCUGCCAAUUCUUGGCCGGUCAACACAAGAGCGGUGGCUUCAUCGGAACAUUGGUUCACUCUACCAGGUUUUAUUUCAACUUCCUGUUGUGGGCAUGUCAUUGUAUCUCAAUAGUACGUGGGGCAGCGUCGUAGCCAAGAGAGUGUAUGCUCUUCAGUAUGGAAGAGCGGCUGUUGAGCCAUCUCCAUCAUCCUCAGGGAUCAUGGGUAACUUGGCUGCCCAGUCAUUCCGUGGGAUUCUCAUACUGUCAACGAUUCUCGUCACCAUUUUGCUCUCGUACCUACCCGUUCUGGGUCCUUUCCAGAGUUUCGUCCUUAUGUGCUGGGUGGACGCCUACUAUUGUUUCGAGUAUGUCUGGGUAGCACAAGGCUUCUCUUUAUCUCGUAGAGUUCGAUUCCAAGAAGAACGCUGGUCGUACUUUUUUGGGUUUGGUUUUGCACUCUCGGCACUAUGUAUGUGGGGCUCAAGCAUAGCAAAUGCUACUCUUUUCGCCCUUUUGUUCCCUCUUUACGUGAUCAUGGCCAUUCACGCACGGCCCUUGCCGACAUACCCACAAGCACCUGCACCACCCAUCACAAACUAUGCCACAACUGAGGAGCGUUCACUGAAGCCGAAUCCACUUAUACCCAUCCGUUUGCCUGUCCUGACUGGACCGGUGCUUCUGAACGACUUCUUCCUUAGUUUAGUAGGCGCCCGCGGUACGAGAGGUGGGAAGAAGAUGGGCAUUAUUGGAAGAGAGGUGGAUAUUGUAGAUGAUGGUGAUGGAGGAAUUUUGAUGGAGGAAGGGACAGGUGGAUGGAUUGGGAUACGACGUGGGGCUGGGAGUCCCUCAUCGGCAGUGGGGAGAAAUGGGUUUAAUUUUGGAAUUUACGAUGUUCAAGGGAAUGCCGCACCGGGUCUUAGGCCCAUUGCACUGCAUACAAGAGUGAGGGGCAAGAAGCUUGAUUAG